UCUGCGCGAGGGAAGAUGGCGGCCUCCUAGUGGAGGGCUUGGGGAGACCGAGUCAGUAUGGCGUUGGCGGUGGGGCCCGCUAAGCGGGCGCUAGCUGGCUCUGCGGGGCUUGGCCUUGGGGGCUGCGGGGCCCCGAGACGCGGGGCGUACGAGUGGGGCGUGCGUUCCACACGGAAACCCGGCCCCCCUCCACCGGACCGCGUGUAUGAGAUCCCGGGACUGGAGCCCAUCACUUACGCGGGGAAGAUGCACUUCAUGCCUGGGCUGGCGCGGCCGAUCUUCCCGCCCUGGGACCGCGGCUGGAAGCACCCAAAGUUCCACCGCCCGCCCCCCUUUCACGAGCACCCACUGUACAAGGAUCAGCCUUGCUACGUCUUCCACCAGCGCUGCCGUCUCCUCGAGGGUGUGAAGCAGGCUCUCUGGCUUACCAAGACCAAGCUAAUCGAAGGUCUUCCUGAGAAAGUGCUCAGUCUUGUUGAUGAUCCAAGGAACCACAUUGAGAACCAAGAUGAGCAGGUUUUGAACAUCAUUUCUCACGCUCGUCUCUGGCACUCCACUGAGGACAUCCCCAAGAGAGUGACCUACUGUCCAGUCAUCAUGGACAGCCUGAUACAGCUGUGUAAAUCUCAGAUUCUCAAGUACCCUUCUCUGGCCAAGCGGAUCUUUGCCCAAAACUAUACAUUAUCUACCAGCUGGAACCGAGAAUCUGUUCUCCUUCAGAUCCGUGGUACUAGUGGUACCCGACUGAGCACCAAGGACCCUCUGCCCCCAAUUGCCCCCAGAGAAGAGGUUGAAGCUACCAAGAGCCAUGUUCUUGAGACCUUCUAUCCCAUAUCUCCCACUAUUGAUCUUCAGGAAUGCAAUGUUUAUGAUGUGAAAGAAGACACAGGAUUCCGGGAAGGCUAUCCUUACCCUCAUCCACAUACUCUGUAUUUCCUGGACAGAGCCAACACACGGACAUACCGCUUUCAACCUGAUCAGCUUCGGGCCAAGAUGAUCCUGUUUGCUUUUGGCAAUGCCCUGGCUCAAGCUCGGCUUCUCUAUGGGAACACCCCCAGGGUCUUGGAGCAGCCCGUUGUUGUGCAAGGCGUGGGCACAGACGGACGUGUCUUCCAGUUCCUGGUGUUGCAGUUGAAUACCACAGAUCUGGACUCUGAUGAGGGCGUCAAGAAUUUGGUAUGGGUAGACUCAGACCAGCUUCUCUACCAGCACUUCUGGUGUCGCCCAGUGAUCAAAAAGAAGGUGGUGGUGGAACCUGUUGGGCCAAUUGGUUUCCAGCCAGAGACAUUCAGGAAGUUUUUAGCUCUGUAUCUGCAUGGCGCCUUGUGAGUCAAGAAUGUUCUUCUGCUCGUGGCCCUCUGAAGAAGCCUGUGUCCUAGCCAGGAGGUGCUGGGGUCAUGGAGGCACUCCACACUUGCUCAGCCUGGUGAUUUUGAUGGCAAUAAAGAGUCCUUUGUUCUCCUUGA